AUGGCGUCUGAAGCCGCCCCCGAAGCUUCCAGUAGCUCUACCGCUCAAGCAGCAACCCCUGCCGAUCCUAAGCUCAGCGCAAUUGUGGACCAGAUCGAAAAGCUGACUUUGUUGGAGGCCGCUGAGUUGGUUACUCAGCUCAAGACCCGCCUUAACAUUCAGGACAUUGCGAUGCCAUCGGCUGCGCCUGCUGCUGCUGCUCCCGCUGCUGGAGGUGCUGCGGCGUCAGCAGCACCGGCAGAGGAGGAGAAGCCCAAGGAGAAGACGAUCUUCACGAUCAGACUAAAGGGAUUGAAGGAUGCGGGAGCCAAGGCCAAGGUCAUUCGUGAGGUCAAGGCUUUGAACAGCUCAAUGAACCUGGUUGAGGCUAAGAAAUUCGUCGAGUCGGCACCCCAGGUGCUCAAGGAGGGUGUGCCCAAGGAGGAGGCGGAGAAGUUGCAGAAGGCCAUUGAGGCUGCUGGUGGAGAAGUCGAGCUGGAGUGA